CACGUUAUUGCCCUGGCUGGAAGCUCAAAGGGUGUCCCCUUUCCGACAGAGCUGUAAUAUCACGAUAUGUGAUCUCUCGUCGCGUCCCAAGUACACCACAAUGGCACAAACAAGCCUACUAAAUACCACAUGGGCACUUCACCGUCUCUCACCCCUCCACCAUGGAAAAGAGUUCGACACUCUUCUCGACAACCCAGUGGCUCUUAGAACCUAUGCGACUCGACUACGCGACCAAUUAACCGGGGCCUCUUUUCUUAGUGCCGUCCAAUCCAGCGGCCCUGCGACAGAGGACGAUGCGCUCUCCAGAACAGGCGCGCUGCAAUCCUGUACCUGGGAGCCCAUUCUAAAUCUCUCUCUCUCUGAAAUUGAAGAUGAAAACAACCCGGGGAACGGAUCACAACCGUCAAGCCCACCUCGACCUCGAGUCCGGACCCAACGCUUACCACCGUCACUUUCGCCCUCUCAUCAAGGAGGCGGAAUCCUCGUGACACUCGAGUACGAAAACACAACCUAUAAAGCAGCUCUUCUCACGUUGUCUUCCUUGACAUCCCAACUGGAACCCACCGCAAAGCCCCGGGCCCGAACUCGAUCUCAAACCCAAACACACGCUACGCGCCUUCCGCUCCUCCUAACUCGCUUUCCCGCCCCUCUCCGACAAACGUUCAUCUCUUUUCUCUCUGCGACCUUUGAUACUUACUGUUCUCCAUUUCGCCUUCCUUCGCACUUCAUAGGCACAGCGUUGACCACAUAUAUAAACACCCUCACAUCCGAAGGAGAGCCUGGGACCUUAAAUCCCGUUGACAUCCUCAAAGAGCUCCAUCUUACGCUAUCAUUUCCAGCCUCCGUUGCACCGGAUCUGCGUUCUCUGAACAUCACUAUACCGCGGGAGUCACUGAGUGGGUUUCUUCGUGCUGAAGGCAAUGGUGCGGGAAGUGAGUCAGAUGUUCUGUCCAUUCUUAGUGCAUACUUAGAGGAGCAUUUGGCGAUGAAGUUUGACUUGAGCGGUGCUGGUGCUGGUGCCGGUCCCUUUGUAAAAGGACAGGAGCAUGUGCGUUUGGCGAAAAUCGCCUGCGGGGGCUUUCUACUUGGUGGUGAGGGCAGGUUGAAAUUGGUUGCUGCGCCAUCGGCUAGUGAGAAUGGCGAGUCGGAUGGUGCUGCUGGUCGGAAGAAUCAUCUCACAUUGCGGGCUUGCGAAGUGUUGCUCUCGGAUGUUGUGCGCAGGGCUGUGGUGAGUGAGAAUGAUGACCAGGAAACGUGAUAAAUUAGAAUCACGGACUACAAACACUUUUACGCAGAUUUUCCAGGAGAAAAAAAAACCCCGCUGACGAUUCUAAUCUUGACUGCUAUCAACAACAUAUCUAACAGAUGCUGGGACUA